AUGGUGCUCCUGAGUUGCGCGAUGAUGGAGCCUGUGGGGAAAAGAGGAACGUUCCCCGUCGUCAGUGACGAGUUGCGCACGGUCGGCGAACUUAAGCUGAUCAUCGUAGAGAUGCUGAAGUAUUCACGAGUGGACAAGCUGCACCUCUACUUGGCCAAGGUGGGCCAGGGCUGGCUGAGUGAGGAUGAUGUUGAUGAUGUGCCGCUCGAUGAGGACGGGCACCCAAUAAGCUACGAGCGGGUGAAAUCGACAUUCAAACUUUCGGGCUACUUCGGAGAAAAUUUUGUGGCGGAGGCAGGAGACAUUCACGGCACCUAG